GCGCAGUUCGUUCUGAACCGUCCAAUGCUGAGCUGAAGACGAUGCAAGAAUACAACCAACCGACUGGCCUGACUGCCUUUGCUCUGGUCUAUUUGACAUUCUUCUUGGACAAUGUUCUGCUCACUGUACUCGUGCCCAUAAUCCCGGAUUGGGUGCGGGGCGAGUCGCUGGCUCUGUGGUCGGAACACGGAGCGCCGCUCGUCGCGCUGCUGAACACCACCGUGCGCCGCAUCACUAACGAGGAUGACGGUAAUGGCGUGGGAACAUCGCAGGCGGUGGUGGGCGCAGUGCUGGGAGCAAAGGCGGCAACGCAAUUGGCGUUGUCGCCCGCUGCAGCAGCGCUAACAGCCACGCGGGGCCCGGUCGUAGCGUUGCGCCUCGCCACGGCAAUGCUGGCCACAGCCGCAUUGGUAUUCGGGUGGUGUGCGGGUCGCGGGUCGGGCGGCGCGCUAUGUGCAGGCGUGGGUCGCGCGGCGCACGGCGGCGGCGCUGCUCUGAGCGGCGUGGCGGGCUUGGCGCUGGCUGCACGCGUCCUACCGCCCGAGAGCAGUCACCGUGCUCUGGGCGCGCUACUUGGAGCCGUAGCACUUGGAGUGUUAGUGGGAUACCCCUUCGGAGGCGCCGCGUACAAACUCUGGAGCCUAGCCGCCCCCUUCCAACUUAUAGCCAUUGCCUUAUUGAUUAACCUCGGUUUGCAGUACUUACUCCUUCAAAAGGAGGAGCACAAUACAAGUACAAGUGAAAGGGAAGGCACGGACGGCCCGGCAACAGGCGCGCGCGUGAUGUGGGCGGAGGCGAGCCGCGACGCAACGGGCGCUUGUGCGGGCGCCGUUCUGAUCACCACCUGUGUUAUGGCGGCGCUAGAGCCUUGUCUGCCGCUGUGGAUCAUGCACAAGUUUCACCCUGAGCGCUGGGCUCUGGGCGCAGUGUUCCUGCCGGACAGUGUGGGCUACCUGGUGGCUGCGAGCUUGCUGGGCGCGCCGGCGCGGCGUCUCGGGCCCGAGCGCGUAGCCGUCGCCGCCGUGGCGUGCGUCGGCGUCUCCGCGCUCCUGGCGCCGCUCGCGCCCUCGGUUGGGUGGGUGUCGGUGCCGCAGGCGCUGCUGGGCGCUGGGCUGGGAGCGGCGGACGCGGCGCUGGUGCCGGCCGUGCUAGCGCGGCGCCGCCGGGCGCUGCCGCACCGCGCCGCGCUCUUACAGGCCGCCUCCAGUGCCGCCUACGCUAUAGGUCCGGUGGCUGGCGGGCUGGUGUCGUGGUGCGCGGGUUUCGAGUCCGCGCUGCGUACCCUGGGUGUGGCCAACAUGCUGUACGCCGUCUUCUUGUACCGCGCACUAGCGGCGCACCCGCUGUCCGAGCAGUGGGGCGCCAGCGCGACGCCGGACGACGACAGCGAGGCGGAGGGCGAGGAGAUGACGCCGCUGGAGCCGGGGAAGCGGCCGCUGCCUUAAACUAGUUAUGCUCGCAACAUGCGUUUCGCUACUUUUCGCGACAUCUACAUGCUAUAUAUUAUGUGAGAUAGAUAUAAUAUAUGGUCUCUUAUAUAUAUAUUGUUUUUGUACAUAUUCUAUAUAAUAUGAUAGAUAUUACCGUUAAAGCACGUGGAUAAGAAGUCAUAUUAAAUACAAAUAAAUAAGUGAAAACAUGAACAUAAAUCGAGUAGGAGAACAUGACGAGGUGUGAUGAUUGAGAAGAUAAGACACCUGACAUUAAUUAAAUGUCAGGUGUAGUGCUCACGCUCGAAAAAAAUCGAUUCUUUAAAUAUAAAUGUAUAAAAGUGGAAGGCGCAAUAAAAAUGUAUUAAUUACAGCAUAUACCCUACUCACACGUAGCCUUG